AUGAUUUCUCUAUUAUCAUUGAUUCUAUAUAUUAUCAUUUUUCUUUUAUUCAUUCCGACAAAGUCAGAUACUGUCCAUCAAUUACGAGAUAAACGAAAACGUCGCAGUGAAUUAGCUGAAUUUGAUAUACCUACAGAAGAAAAUUUACAUUUUCGUAAUGUUGUUCAUCGGACUGGUGUCGUUGCGAAAAACAUAGGUGGAAAAUUAGAAACUAAACUUGGUCAUAGUUAUGAACUUUUAGGUCAUCAUAUAUCUCAUCUGGGUUCUCAAUUAGAACAAAACAAAAAUAGUCUAGCAGAAAAAGCAACUAAUAUUUAUAAAGGUCCAAUAGCAAAUAAAACUGGUAUUGCUUUUGAAAAUAUUCAAUACGGUUAUGGAAAACUGGGCGACAGAUUAAGUUUUAUUCUCAAUUGGUUGGGUGAAAAUGUGAUCACACUAGGAAAUCAUACUAGUUCAAUUAUUCGCUCAAGCUUUUAUACCAUCGGUGAUAUUAUCGGAUAUACAAUUGAGAAAACAGAACGAUUAGUUGGUAAAGGAUUAAUGAAAACUAGCCUAAAAGUUCAUCGAGCUGCGACUGAUCUUCAACAUACAUCACAUAUAGAUAGUCAACAUCUGCAAGAUAAAUUUCAAGAAACAGCACCGAAAUUCAAACAAUCGAUAAAUCGACUAAUUAGUACACUUGGUGAAAAAAUUCACACACUUGGAAUUGACACUGAAACAGCUGGUCGAAUUAUUGAACAACAUCAUUUUCUUGAUACACUUCAACAAGCAUACGACAAUUAA